AUGUUAUAUAUUAUCAAUGCAUAUCAAUAAGGAAAAAUACUAAAACUGCUUUACAUUGAUUUUUAAAUGAUUAGAAUCCCAUCACUCAUCUCUUCCUCAAUUUUCAAGUUAAUCUCUCUUUCUCAUUUCAUAAUGUAUACAAACCUUUUACUUUCUAUAACAUAUAAGCUUGCUUCUCCAGAUUUAUUACAUAAAGUCACAAUUUCAACAGGCAAAUUUUAUGAAUAAAAUUACUUGAACUCAAAGUGGCUCAUCUAUUCAAAAAUCUUCUGUAAAAGGAAUGAUCACACUAUUCUCCACUAAAUAAUUAGGUUUGCAAUCAAAAUUAUAUAGAUUCCUUAUCAUUUAUAUUAUGAUGCUGGAGAUUUUAUUUCUUCAUUACAAAUGGUAUUUCAACCAAUAUUGUGA